GCCGCCGCCGCCGCACCAGUGGUGGCUCCACAUUUCUAAAAGGGGCCCUCCGACGCUUCACUGGGCCAGUCUGGUGCUGAGUCGCGGAGCUCCGCACAACUUCCGCUGGUCUCUAAACGGGAUCCCUCCUCCCCAGAGUUGCGGGCAACUUUCCCCUCUCCCUGGCGCCGCGGUGGCUUGGGGACCGUGGCCGCCGCAGGUAGCUGAACUCCGGGCCACGCUCCCCGCGUCUCGGCUGAGCGCACACGCAGGUCGCUCUCUGCACGCUGGGGGUCCCCAAGCGCGGCUUUGCGGGCGGGAUGCCCUUAGGACAUAUCAUGAGGCUGGAUCUAGAGAAAAUCGCCCUGGAGUACAUCGUGCCCUGUCUGCACGAGGUCGGCUUCUGCUACCUGGAUAACUUCCUGGGCGAGGUGGUGGGCGACUGCGUCCUGGAGCGCGUGAAGCAGCUGCACUGCAACGGGGCCCUGCGGGACGGCCAGCUGGCCGGGCCCCGCGCCGGCGUCUCCAAGCGGCACCUGCGGGGUGAUCAGAUCACGUGGAUCGGGGGCAACGAGGAAGGCUGUGAGGCCAUCAAUUACCUCCUGUCCCUCAUCGAUAGGCUGGUCUUGUACUGCGGGAGCCGGCUGGGCAAAUACUACGUCAAGGAAAGGUCCAAGGCGAUGGUGGCUUGCUACCCAGGAAAUGGAACAGGCUAUGUUCGACAUGUGGACAACCCCAACGGUGACGGCCGCUGUAUCACCUGCAUCUACUAUCUGAACAAGAACUGGGAUGCCAAGCGACAUGGUGGGGUCCUGCGAAUAUUUCCAGAAGGGAAAUCAUUCAUAGCGGACGUGGAGCCCAUUUUUGACAGACUGUUGUUCUUCUGGUCAGACCGCAGGAACCCACAUGAAGUCCAGCCCUCCUAUGCGACCAGAUACGCCAUGACUGUUUGGUACUUUGAUGCUGAAGAAAGGGCAGAAGCCAAAAAGAAAUUCAGGAAUUUAACUAGGAAGACUGAACCUGCCCUUACUGAGGACUGACCCUGCUCUGAAAUCCGCUGGCCUCAUUCACUUUUAGUAACAGUUUCUGAAUUUGCUUUAAGAGUUGAGAUCCAAAGAAGGCCUCUUCUUCAGUGACUCGGUGACAAGGAACCCCCACCCCCACCCCCCA